CGAAAGCCCAGCUCCACUGGGCCGCACGGCCGGCCCAACGAGAGAUCUAGUCUACUCUCUCCUCUCCGCCUCGCUUCGCCGUCUCUUUUCCUUUCGCCGCUGCAAACCUCCGUCUCCUCCGGCUCCGGCUGCUCGGGGCCUAAACCCUCGCCGCGUGUACUAAAAACCCCGGCGGCCCAGGCGGCGGAGGGAUGAAGACGAGGUCGCAGACGGCGCCGAAGCCGCUGAAAACGGUGCGGCUGCCUCCUGUCAAGCCGCGGCCCAAGCCGCCGCCGCCGCAGCCGCAGCCGCCGCCGUCCCGGAAGAAGGGGCAGCCCCUCGUCGACCGGCGCCGCCCCAAGAAGCCGCCCACCGCCUUCUUCUACUUCAUGGAGGAUUUUCGGAAAACUUACAAGGAAGAAAAUCCAAGUGUAAAAUCAAUGCAAGAAGUAGGGAAGGCAUGUGGCGAGAAAUGGAAUACAAUGACAUUUGAGGAAAGAGUGAAGUAUUAUGAUAUAGCAACCGAGAAGCGUGCAGAGUAUGAGAAGGCGGUGGCUGAAUUUGACAAGAAAAAGGAAAGCGGUGAAUUGUCCGAGGAAUCAGAUUACGACUAGAGGUGAACGUCGGGUAGUUGUUCCGAUGGUUCACCCAAGUAAUUGGAUGGACGAAUCAAUUGUAUAUUACAGAACUGAGGCACUGAGCUUUGUAAUGGAAUCUAUAUAUAGUCAGUUUCCUGCUCAUUCUAGAGUGAACUAUCGUCUUGUGAUAAAGUGAUAGCUUUGGAUCGAGUAUUCGCUGGUACACCACCAGUGCUUGAAAUAACUAAAUCUUUGGGCACCGAAA